AUGGAGUUUCUUAUUCUCAUUAUUAUUUCAGCAGCAGCAAUUUUGUCAAGUGAAUCAACUCUGAUCAAAUAUGAUUUUAUUAUUAAGACAAUCCCCGGUAAUCCAGACGGUUACCCUCGUGGUGUUAUCACAAUCUACAAUGCUAAUGAUACCUGGAAUCCUAAUCGACCAUUUCCCGGCCCUUUGAUACGGGCAAGCCUCGGUGAUACUCUUCAAAGACGCAUCACAAAUCACAUGAAAGAGCAAUCAACAUCAAUUCACUUUCACGGUCUUCACAUGCUGAAUAAUUUAUGGAUGGAUGGUACGGAGCUCGUAAUUCAAUGUCCAAUUCAUCCAUCUGAAACGUUUAGUUACACAUUUAAUGUCACUCAUACAGGCACAUUCUGGUAUCAUUCACAUCAGGGUCAACAAUAUGCUGAUGGUCUUAUAGGACCGAUGAUAUUUGAUGAUGACGAAAUUGAGAAGAACUAUUCAUACGGAAUGAGUGAUCAUGUGAUUAUGCUUCAAGAAUGGUAUCACGAGUCAUGGGCUGACAUUAUGACUGCAUAUCAAGGACCCUAUGAUGCUUUUCCGGGCAGUAUUCCCGUGUAUCCCUGGCCGCCAACAUCGUUUUUAAUAAAUGGCCACGGUCAGUUUGAUUGUCGAACAAUAAAUUGUACUGAAUAUUCAUCGUUUUUGAACGCAUGUGGGCACCGUGAGCGCGCUCAAUGUAUACCGCUAAGAGAGCCAUUUUUUGGCUUAUGUAACCCUCAUCUUCAUGUAGAAGAUGAGUUUCUCUGUGAUGCAAGUCAGAUGAGAUUGAGAUUAAUAAAUGCAGCUAGUGGUAUUCCAUUUCGAUUUUGGAUUGAAGAGCAUAAUAUAACCAUUGUUGCUCGUGACAGUGUUCCCAUCUUACCUAUAAUUGUGCCACGACUGACUAUCCAAUAG